AAAUGAAGUGUAGCGAAAAUCUAAAAAAAAGAAGAAGGCGAAGAAUUAAAAGUAAAUUUGGAAAAUUCAGUUCAUUUUCUUCAAUUUUUUCACAAAAUAAACAACUAAUAAUAGUUUUAAAACUACAAAACCAAUAAAAACAUAAAAUAUAAUAAUGCUGUCAACGAAAAUAUAUAAAAUCUAUAGAAAUAAACAAAAGCAAAACAUUGAAAAAUUGCUUUAAAGAAAAACAAAUCAAAAACCAUUGUGUACAUAAAAUUUAAGGUGUAGUGAGAAAAGAAGUGGAAAAAAGAAAGAAAAAAAAAUUAUAGAUUUUAUUUUAUUAUUACAAUUACAACAUUACAAUUGUAAAAUUAAAAUAAAAAAUUAAUAAAAAAAAGUAAUAAUUGUUUGUGCAUUUUACAACCAUUUGAUAAAACAAAACAAAUGUUAGUUUAAAAGUCUCUUAGUAAAGGAAGCAACGAAAAUUGCAUUUUCGAAAGCUUCUGCCUGUUGGGCGAGCUGGUGGUGUUGUGGUAUUGUUGGUUUUCCUGUGGAACAAAAAGACGCAAAGAUAGACGCGGUGUGGGGUUGGGCUUCUGCCCCGCUGCGUUUAGCAGCAAAUAGAAUGGGUGAUCCCCUACUGCCGGGAGCCAAUGGCGGUACGGGCGCUACAGCUGGCGGUAGUGGUGUGGAUAGACCACAAUCGCCAGCUCGUAUGGCCCAUACUUCCGAUAAGCAUCCCAAAGUUACACUAUCCGAAUUAAAUAUGUUACGUAGACAUCGUGAACUAUGCGAUGUUGUCCUUAACGUUGGCGGUCGUAAAAUCUUCGCACAUCGUGUUAUACUCUCUGCAUGUUCACCGUAUUUUCGCGCCAUGUUUACGGGUGAAUUGGAGGAGUCACGUCAAACUGAGGUCACUAUACGUGACAUAGAUGAGAAUGCCAUGGAACUAUUAAUAGAUUUUUGUUAUACUGCUCAUAUAGUAGUGGAAGAGUCGAAUGUUCAAACACUAUUGCCAGCCGCUUGUUUGCUUCAAUUGGUAGAGAUUCAAGAUAUUUGUUGUGAAUUUCUCAAACGUCAAUUGGAUCCCACCAAUUGUUUGGGUAUACGAGCUUUUGCCGAUACUCAUUCAUGUCGUGAAUUGUUGCGUAUUGCUGAUAAAUUUACACAACAUAAUUUCCAAGAGGUAAUGGAAAGUGAAGAGUUUCUUUUGUUGCCUGUUGGCCAGUUGGUUGAUAUUAUAUGCAGUGAUGAGUUGAAUGUACGUUCAGAGGAGCAGGUAUUUAAUGCUGUAAUGUCAUGGUUGAAAUAUAAUAUUGCCGAUCGAAGACAACAUUUAGCUCAGGUUUUACAACAUGUCCGUCUUCCACUUUUAUCACCUAAAUUUUUAGUUGGCACCGUCGGCUCUGACCUUUUGGUGCGUUCCGAUGAGGCCUGUCGUGAUCUGGUCGACGAAGCCAAAAACUAUUUAUUACUUCCCCAAGAACGUCCCCUUAUGCAGGGACCUCGUACACGUCCACGUAAACCCACUCGCCGUGGUGAAGUUUUAUUCGCUGUCGGUGGUUGGUGUUCCGGUGAUGCUAUUGCCUCCGUAGAACGUUUUGAUCCUCAAACAAAUGAUUGGAAAAUGGUAGCACCCAUGAGUAAACGACGUUGUGGUGUAGGUGUGGCCGUACUCAAUGAUUUACUUUAUGCCGUGGGCGGUCAUGAUGGUCAGAGUUAUUUGAAUAGUAUAGAACGUUAUGAUCCGCAGACAAAUCAAUGGUCUUGUGAUGUUGCUCCUACUACCUCUUGUCGCACGAGUGUGGGUGUAGCUGUUCUAGAUGGUUUUCUUUAUGCUGUGGGUGGUCAAGAUGGUGUACAGUGUUUGAAUCAUGUGGAACGUUAUGAUCCCAAAGAAAAUAAAUGGUCAAAGGUGGCCCCUAUGACUACCAGACGUUUGGGUGUGGCUGUUGCUGUUUUAGGCGGUUAUCUUUAUGCCAUCGGUGGCUCGGAUGGCCAAUGUCCUUUGAAUACUGUAGAACGUUAUGAUCCCAGACAAAACAAAUGGGUGGCUGUUAGUCCCAUGUCCACACGCCGCAAACAUUUGGGCUGUGCUGUUUUUAAUAAUUAUAUUUAUGCCGUUGGUGGUCGUGAUGAUUGCAUGGAACUGUCCUCCGCCGAACGUUAUAAUCCUCAUACAAAUACUUGGAGUCCUAUUGUUGCUAUGACAUCGCGACGCAGUGGUGUCGGCUUGGCUGUUGUCAAUGGCCAAUUAUAUGCCGUAGGUGGUUUUGAUGGUUCUGCCUAUUUGAAAACCAUAGAAGUUUAUGAUACUGAAACAAAUCAAUGGCGCCUUUGUGGUUGCAUGAACUAUAGACGCUUAGGCGGUGGUGUGGGUGUAAUGAGAGCCCCUCAAACUGAAAAUUAUAUGUGGAUACGCAAAGAUUCUGUUGUUUGAUUGGGAUUGGAUAGUGGUGACUCUAAGAAUCUUUAUAUAACAAAUCUCUAUAAAUAAUUCUUCUUUUUUUGUAUUAAGAAUUAUUUAUAAACAAGAAUUUAUUGAAAAGAAAUUUAUUGAAAUUGUAAAAAAAAAACAAAAGCUUAAGUAAAAGCCUCUUUAAAACAAAUAUAUUGUUGGUAAAUAGAAACACAGAAAAGCGAGCAAAUUAGUAAGAAUUAUAAUAAAAUACAUAACGAAUUGUUUGAUAACAAGUUAAUGCACAGCAAUAUUUGAAAAAAAUAAAACUUAUUAAUUAUGAUGAAGUCUUUAAAAGAAAAAGCCAAAUUUUUAUUUUUAACCAAACGGUUUAGCAUGUCCCGUAAAUAUGUCUUUAAUGAAGAUAAAUUUACGGGACAUGCUAAUGUUUUAUGUUUUGGUGUUAUUACAGAAAAAAAUAAAAAAAAAUUAUUGCACUAAAUGUUGAUAUAUUUAAGUUAUUUAAAAAAAUAAUAAUAAUAAAAUAUUAAAUGUAUCUGAACUGCCUUUUCCUUAUGAAUCUUUAAAAUAAAAAAAAACAAAACAAAUCAAAUUUAUGAAAAAAAUACUUUAAUUACUCCUCAAUAAUUAUAUUAUUUUAUUAAUAGUUUUGUUUUAGUAUUAAACAGAUGAAAAGGUUUUUAAGUAAUUUCUUGUGAAAACAGAAUUUUGUGAUUAAAAUUUUAAAAUCUGUUUAAUUUUGAAACAGUUCUAAUUAAGUUAUAGUUUAACACAAAUUAUUUAGUUAUUUAAUUUUAUUGAUAAUUUUAUGUUCUAAUUUUUUUAAUUUUAAAUAUUUUUUAGAGAUUUCUUUUGAAAAUUUUCGAUUGAUUUAUAUAUUUUAUUAAAAAAAAUAAAGAAAAGCACUUUAAAUCAGUAUCUAAUUGAAAAUAUUUGCAAAAUUAAAAAAACUAAACUUUAUUUUUAAAUAAAAAACAAAUUUCUUUACAAAAACUUAUGGAAAUAAACUAGACAAGAUUAAACACGAGUAUAUAGUUUUAAUUAUGGACUAGACUAUAGUUUUAACUAUAAACUGGACUAUAGUCUGCUCUGUAGUCCAAACUAUAGUCUAGUCUAACUAACUAAACACUUCUAAUUAUAAUUCUAAAACUCUCUUUUUCGCCUCAUCUUUCUCUAUCAUCACUAUCUCAUUAUUUCUUUACUAAAACUCAAUUUUUCAGUUGCUAACUAUAAAAAUUUCCUUUUAUUUACUAAAACUUAAACAAUAAAUAAACAAAAUUAAAAAAAAAAA